AUGGGCGAGAUUGAAGUUGAAGAAUCGGCAACUCCGGCCGUGGAGAAGAGCAAGGCGCAGCAGGGAUAUGAUGAUGCUGCAGACAUGCUGGGUGGCGACCUAGUGCUGGAGUACAGCCAACAUGAGGCGUCCGUCGUCCGCUGGAAGCUCGAUAUGACGCUGGUUCCGAUGAUGUUUGUCAGUUACCUACUCUCCUUCAUUGAUAAGGCGAUCCUGUCGACAGCUGCGGUCUACGGAAUGGAAACCGACCUGAAUCUGCAAGGCCAACAAUACAGCUGGACCAAUUCCAUCUUCUACUUUGGCUUCUUGGUCUGGCAAUAUCCCAAUUCCAUCUUCAUGCAACGUCUGCCCCUUGGCCGCUGGAUCGGGUCCAUGGUCUUCUUCUGGGGUCUGAGCGUGACGGCCUCGGCAGGCUCGACCAACUUCGCGACGCUGGCAACUAGUCGGUUCUUCUUGGGCAUCUUCGAGGCGUCGAACAACCCUGUGUUCACCCUGUUGGUUACCCAAUACUAUACCCGGAAGGAGCACGCCUUGCGAGCCUGUCUGUGGUGGGCCGGGGGGCCCGUCGCGGCAUUUAUCGGAGACGGCGUCGCUAAUGGUGUGGGCCAUCUGAAUGGCUCGCUGGGCCAAUGGCAGUAUCUUUUCCUCAUCUUUGGCCCCAUCACCAUGCUCUGGGGGAUCUUCCUCUUCUUUGUCAUGCCCAGCUCACCCAUGACAGCAUGGUUCUUGACACCACGGGAGAGGAAGAUUGCUGUUAUGCGGGUCCUGCAAAACCAUGUCGGCCUACACAACCGGCAGUAUAAGCUUUAUCAGGUUAAGGAGUGCUUCUGUGACCCCCAGGUGUGGAUGCUCUUCGCCAUCGUGUUUCUGCAAUGCAUCCCCGGAGGCGGAUUAACCGCGUUCAACAAAAUUAUCUUAACAGGCCUGGGUUACUCGAGCGUUGAGUCGACUGUGGUCGCCAUGCCUGAACAUGCUAUUCAGCUCGUCUCGAUCCUUCUUGCUGGGGUGAUUUGCUCUUAUUUCGGUCGAGGACGGUGCAUCGCCAUGAUCUUGAGUAAUAUCUGUGUGCUAGUCGGCAGUGUCUUGCUCUACACUCUCCCCACAGAACGAAAACUCUCACGCCUCGGUGCGGUCUAUUCGCUCCUCACGUGCACAGUCUCAUAUAUCAUGUGCAUGUCGAUGAUCUCGUCCAAUAUUGCCGGAUUCACCAAGAAGAUGACGGUGAGCGUCUUUAUAUUUAUCGGCUAUUGCAUUGGCCAGAUCAUCACCCCACAGUUCUUCAUCUCCUCCGAAGCUCCCACAUACCCCACAGGGUUCCGGGCGUAUUUCGUCACGUCGGCAAUGAUGAUUGCGGUACAGGCGGCGUUGAUGAUAUAUCUCAUGAACGAGAACCACCGCCGAGACAAGCGCAGUACAGGAGCAACGGUUGCCGAUGAUGGCGACCAACACUGCAUUUCAGAGUCCGAUCUAAUGGAUUUGACGGACCGGGAGCAGCCAAACUUCCGAUAUACGUGGUGA